GUAUAGCUAUACAGGCUUUCGUAUGUACGCGCGCGCCAAUGGCGCGGCAGGCGCAUGGACGCACGCUAGCAAGCACACGACGAUCGCGCGGCUGACUGGAAUGAGCAGCGCCAGCCACUCUAGUCCCGGCUCGCAUCGGUAGUGCGAGACUUCAGUUUCAUACGCGAAGUCGUCAGCUGCGCAUCUCUCCGGUUCCGCGUCCGUCUCGUGUGUUUAUCUGUACACACACAUGUUAUCGGCUGAAACUCACAAGAGCUGCCCCUUAUAUAUUAUUAUAUACCAAACAUUAAAGGCCCAAGGCCCACGUACUAUUGACAGUGUUGAAUGCCUUGCUAUAUGCAGGCACGAGUGACGACGCCGCGCUGUGCUUCUUCGUGGCGUGCCAAUGUGACUCGGUGCACCAAGUUUUCAAGUGCUUUUUUUAUACUUUUUUAUACGGUCGAACGGUAACGCUCGAGAGCGCGCCCACGAAGCAUCUUGAUAUGCCAUGAGCACGUUAGCCGGUACCGCCAAUAGCAGCUUACCGGCGAGCAGCGAAAAACGGUCACCGAGGCUCGGCUCGACGCGCACUCGCGCCACGCCGACCUUCGCCGCGCUGGCUCUCGACGUGUCGGGUGUCAGCUCGUCCAGAAACACCACCAGCCACAACGGCAGCACGAGAUCGUGCGGAGCCGACGAAGACGACGACUGCGGCGAGGAUGCCUACGACGAGAACGAGGUGUGGGAGGACUACGGCGUGGUCGAGUACCUCGAGCGCGGCUACGACCGCAGGGACGAGAGCACGGCGGCGGAGCGAGUCGAGGACAUGCGCGAGACCCUCGCGUCCGAGACGGACAUCCUCGAGACCGAGGGCCAGGUCAGCGAUUUUUUGUUCCACGUCGCGAGAACGAGACACGGCAAGGCAUUCAUCAGAGUCAUCAGGACGAUGCUGCUCAACAAAGUUCUAUGCAGCGAACGCAUGAGCCAAAUGACCAAGACCUAUAAUGAUAUCGAAGCAGUGACAAGGCUCUUGGAGGAGAAAGAGAAGGAUUUGGAGCUUACGGCGCGGAUCGGCAAGGAGCUCUUGUCGCACAAUCAGAAGCUCGAAACGACGGUACAAGAGCUCGAAAAUGAACUCAAAACCGCCAACGAAAAGAUCACACAGCUCACGUACGAGCUGUCGAAGAAGACUGAUCUCAUACAGGUACUUACGAACGAUGUCGAGGAGUCCAUACAGUCCGAGGCGGAGGACUCGAGCUGCUUCCGGGGCGUCAGCCUCGACGCCAUGCAGAAGAAGAUCAGCACGCUCGAGGAGGAGAACAAGUCUCUGCGCACCGAGUUCACGAAGCUCGCCGACGAGACCGACAUCUGCGAGCAGCACGAGGCCCAGCUGGUGAAGGACAUCACCGACCAGCUGGCCAACGCCAAUCUCGAGGUGCACGACAUCGUCGAGGAGCUCGAGCGCCACAAGGAGGAGAGCCGCGUGCUGCAGGAGGAGAACACCGGGCUGCUCGAGCGUCUGCAGCAGGCCGAGCUGAAGCUCGCCCAGCUGCUGGCCGAGCACGACGAGGUCAACACCAGCCUCGCCGUGUCCAAGGACGUGCAGAACGCCCUCGCCGAGGAACUGGCCAAGUACAAGGACGAGUACACCGAGGCUCUGAACAUGCUCGAGGAUCUGCAGGCCCAGUUGAAGACGCAGCGCAAGCGCGAGAUGCCGACGGUGCGGGGCGGCAGCCUCUUCCCGUCGUUGGCCACCGUUUCGCAGCCCGACAGCAUCGCCGCGGAAAUGGAGUGCUCUCUCUUUUCCGAGAUGAGCUUGGAUUCCGGUAUCAGCGCUGACAGAAACCCGCUUUCUUGCAAGAAGGCGUUUGACGUCGUUAAGAUCGCCAACAGAGCCAUCACUGCUACCACGGAUUCUUGUCAGUAUCCGAGGCUCGGCGGUACCAUGACUACGUCGAUUAUGUCGAGCGGCUCCUUCGGGCCACGUUCGUGUUCGACCAUGAAGGGCCGCGCUUCGUCCAACUCCGUAUACUCUAGUCUUGGUUCGGGUGCUCCCAGCGAGUACGGCUCGUCUUUGAUGCACGAUAUGGAAUAUCCCGGACCUCCGAAGCCUGGUGUACCGGGCGCUCCAGGUGCUGCCGAGCUCGAAGCUGCUUUGCGUCGACUGACCACCGAGGAAAUCGCGGCCAGGCGCGCUUGCCUGAGUAGCGGUGCCGGAUAUCAUUACGACUACGACGCGAGUGUGCAGACAUCGCCUCACGGGCUUUCCCACGUAGCCUACGGUGGCUGUCGUACGCCUGACAGUAUCAUGUCGACUGGCAGCAGCGACAAUCUAAGCAGGCUCAGUACCAACAGCUCAACUAUGUGGAAAAUGCCAGAAAAAUUGCAAAUCGUCAAACCGCUCGAAGGCUCAGCGACAAUGCGACAGUGGACGCGUCUUGCCACUCCAUCGUUAGCUGGAUUGUUAGAUGAAAGACCAGGAAUCCGCACGCGUGGAGGCAAAAAUCUUGAAGAUCUCGGCUUGGAGAAGUUUUCGUUAAUGGACUUCGAAGAGGACGAAGAGUAUGACGCUUAUCCUGGUAAGCUAUUUCAGAACACCGGCUCCGUAUACACCUUUACCAACAGCACUGUCAUGCAUCCGGACGACGCUAGCAUAAUGACCAGCAGUAUACCUAACAGCAUUAUAUCAAGUGUCGACAACAGCGCCUUUAAUUCCGGUAUGAAUACUCCACGCGCGCUCAGCCGCCGCGAAUCUACUUCUACGUUUUCCACCAAUUUCGGUAUCGCAAAGUUACUAAACGAACGUGGUGUUAAAACCACCACCUCGUCUUCUGCAGCAACGCCCAACGCAGCCAACACGAGCUUCACACCGACCACGACGCCAUGCAAUAGUCCGGAUAUUAGUCCGUCGAGCUCAAGAUCUAGCUCGCCAACGCCGACAAACUCCACUUCGUCGACGUUUGGUUUGUUUUUCACCGGUGCCGAAAUAUUAAAGAGAACAUUGGUGGGUGACAGAAAGAAACCAGAUUCACAGUUGCCGAGGAGAAGUAGGCGAGACCAUCCGAAACGAGGUCGUCCAGAUCAUUCGAGUAUUCUUGGAUCCGGGCCGGCUCUGCAAGGUGCUCUUUACUCUAGACGCGAGAGUCCGAUGGCUCAGUUGACCUUUUUGAAGGGAUCUAUGUCGUCGGAAAAAUUAAGGCUAGAAUCCAGUUCUUCGGCAAGUGAUGCUUCUUCUCGAGCUAAAUCGCCUGGAGGCGAGAGUGCAAGUUCUGGAGCAAAGUCAGCUACUGCGAACAAGUAAUUAAAAAAACCAAAGAUCUUGAGUGAAAAAUUUGGAAUCAACUAAAGAUCAGCUGAAGCAAACUUCACAAAAGUACCGGUGCCCAGCCUUAAGAAUCAGAACAUACUCAUGCAGUAAAGUUUUUUACGACCUACUCAAAUUACUUAUAUUGGAGCUAUUUUUUACGAAAUGUUAUAGAGUUCGUUCGGAGAUAGUCUUUCGGCUGAUGAAAUAUUGUAUUUUAGAUUGAAGAAUAAGUUUUAAAUUUGGACUAAGCGAAAAAAUUGUAACAGUAAUUAUUUGUAUCUACCUGUCGAUCAAAAACCACAUACAUAAAAGUGUUAUAUCAAGACGAAUAAUUUGCCACACGCGAGGUAGCAAUGAAAGUUAUGAAUUCUUAUGUUUUGUGAGCGAUAUAGUCUUUUAUUUAGCGACUGUUAUUAUUAGUAUGAGAUCAUCUAGAGUCUGAUAGUUUUAAAUCUAAAUUAAGGUUAAAAUUAUUUUAAGAACCCUUUUUUACGUUCCUCCUCAUGACGUUAUUAUCGUCUGAGAUAAUUUCAAAAGGGUUUGCAACUAUUGGCUUUAAAAAACACGUUUUUUGUUAUGAGGAUACAAAGUGUGGUACUAUUGCGAACUGGAAGAAGUAGUUAAAAAAGAUAACUCUUUCAUAUUUAUAAAAGGAAAACAUUUAUACGCUUAUACUUGGUUGAGCAAGUGUUUUAAUGAGAGCCAAAAACAUUUGUUUCGUUUUCGAAGCAAUUUCCGUUGAAAGGUAUAUUUUAACUCAUUUUUUUAAUUGAAACUUUUCUGAAUAACACGGAUGUAAAAAAUCUCUUUUUUUAUAAUAUGUACAAGUAUUUUUAUUUAAUAAUGGAAGACAUAAGUGAAAUCAAUGUAAUAUCUAACGAUAGAUAAAACAAAAAUAUUAUAAUGUAUAUAUGCGCUACAUUAAUUUUUCAUAUAUGUGAAAAUCACAGCUUGAAGCUGAAAUAAAUUUAUUCUCUGUGAAGCAAUUGUCUCAAAAAUAAAAAAAAUAGUGACACUCAUCACCAAAUAAGAUUGAUAUAAAUUCAAAGCAAAGUACAGUUGGGCGAAUAAUGGUAAACGUUAAUGAAAAAAGAAUUUAAUACGAGUUGUAUCAAAAAAUGAUACAUCUUUGGCAGAGGCCUUGUUUAUAAGUAUAAGAGUACCGAGAUUAUUUGAACUUAAAAGAGAUAUUAGUUCUAAAAAAGCAUUUUAAAGAGUUGCAAAAAUGGUGCAUUCAAAAGUAGCUAUGAAAAAUAAAUGAUAUCUUUAUAUUUUCAUGAUAAUCGCAGGAGUGCGAUUUAUUUUGUAUGUAAAAAGAAUGCUAAAGUGAGAAAGGUUAAAAAAUGUUCUAACUUUUCUUCUCUGUACAUAGGUGCCUGAUACAAAGUUAUAAGCAAAAUACUGAACCAAGAAUACGUUUGUAAAUAGCAAUUGUUUUUAAGAGUUAUCGAAUUAAAACUCGACAAUUGUUGUGCUUGUAUAUAAUUUGAAGUGUAAAAUAUUUAUGCUUGCGUUCGGUAAUGCUAUGGAAAGGUGCACAGAACAUAUGUAUUGGAUGAGCACAAAAAGUCGAAAAAAUUGAAUUCGAAAAUUUAAAGUAUUCAAAAACGCUUCUUGAAUCACGAAUUUAAAUCAUUGAUGAUUAGUAUGUAAUUUUAGUUAGUUGAAUUAAUUAAUUUCAGUGUAAACCAAAUUUUUGAUUUUUUAUAUUAAAAACGAUUAGAAUUUUAUUUAAAAACAUUCGAGCGACAUCAAUUGUAACGCUACGAGAAUGCCAACAAGCUAUUGCUAGUCUUCGCAUCGACGAAGAUUAAUCAUUUAGCCAAUAGUUCGGUAUCGCGGCGUCGCCAUAAAAUUGUACAUAAAAUUGACAGUUUCACAAGAUUGGUUUGAACGAUGAAAUGGCAAUAAUAAAAUUAAUUAUUUUUUUGUUGAAAGAUUAAUUCUGGCUUUUAUAAGACUUAUGUUUGCUUCAAUAAUUUCAUGAUCACGCAAUGUAAAAGAAAGAAGAAAACCGUUAACUUGUUCUGUCCCAUGUUAUUUGAUGAGUAAUUAUAAAAAAAAAAGAAAAAAAAUUAGCAAAUUUGUUUAGAUCAGCGAAAUCUUGUAAAUAUAAAUAUUAGGCACAUAUAGUUAUGAAAUAAAAACUAUUCAACGAAA